AUGGCGAAGGAAUUCAAGCUCAAGGACUUCACAAGCUUGAAUCUAAGAAACGGCGAGAAGAAGGAGGUCGAAGUCGAGGGUGUAGAGGGAGGCAAAGUCUUGCUUCUGAAAAUACAGGACCAGGUCCAUGCUACCUCGUCCAAUUGCACGCAUUAUGGUGCUCCAUUGGUCAAGGGUAUACUUACACCUGAGGGAAGAUUGACCUGUCCAUGGCACGGAGCCUGCUUCAAGGUUUCGACGGGAGAUGUUGAGGACGCACCUGCACUUGACCCAAUCUCCAAGUAUGAAGUAUUUGAAAAGGAUGGUGGGGUAUACAUCAGGACCGACGAAGACACCCUCAAGGCCAACCGAAGAAGAUUGAAUAUCAAGUGUUCAUCCGUGAGCGACGACAAGGUUCUUGUAAUAGGCGGCGGCUCGGGAACAGUCGGUGCCAUUGAAGGUCUCCGAGGGGGAGGCUACACUGGUCAGAUUACUGUGAUCUCAAAGGAAGGAUACCAGCCUAUUGACCGCACCAAGCUGUCGAAAGCUCUACUGGCCGAUCUCUCCAAGGCUGCCUGGAGAUCAAAAGACUACUACAAGGACGCUUCGAUCGACAUUAUUGAGGAUGAGGCCGAGAGCGUCAACUUUUCCGGGAAGAAGGUUUUGACCAAGUCUGGAAAGACUUAUGACUACUCAAAACUGAUCCUGGCGACUGGGGGUACUCCCAAUCAGCUGCCACUGGAUGGGUUGAAGGGUGACCUCGGUAACGUUUUUUUGUUGCGUACCUUGGCAGAUACACAGAACAUUGUCAAGGCUGUUGGAGACAAUGGCAAGAAGAUUGCCGUCAUUGGGAGCUCCUUCAUCGGUAUGGAAGUGGGGAACUGCCUUGCGAGCAUGAAGAACGACGUGACGAUAAUUGGAAUGGAAGAAGAACCAAUGGAGCGUGUCAUGGGCAAGAAGGUCGGCAAGGUCUUCCGUGGACUGUUGGAGAAGAAUGGUGUCAAAUUCAGGAUGGGUGCCAGUGUGGAAAAGGGAACAGCGUCGUCGAGUGACCCGGCCAAGGUCGGAGCCGUCCAACUCAAGGACGGCACCAGCAUCGAGGCCGAUCUCGUGAUUGAGGGUGUAGGCGUGAAGCCAGCGACGCAGUUUCUCAAGGACAACUCGAGCGUGACGCUGGAGAAGGAUGGAUCAUUGAAGGUGGAUGAAUCCUUUGCCGUCAAGGGACUACAGGACGUGUACGCCAUUGGAGACAUCGCCACCUAUCCCUAUCACGGGCCCGGAGGCAACGGCUCGCCCGUUCGCAUCGAACACUGGAACGUGGCACAAAACGCUGGACGGUCGGUAGCCAACAGGAUCAACGCACCUGGAGCGCCAGCCAAGCCGUUUAUCCCUGUCUUCUGGUCCGCCCUCGGUUCGCAACUGCGGUACUGCGGUAACACGAUGAAUGGGUACGACGACGUGGUGAUCCAGGGCAGGACAGAGGACCCGGCGUUUGUGGCCUACUACACCAAGGAGGAGACGGUGGUUGCGGUCGCGUCCAUGGGCAAGGAUCCCUAUGUUGCACAGUGCAUCGAGCUCAUGAGGCGGAAUCGGAUGCCGAGCAAGAGUGAGCUGCAAAAGGGCGUGGACGUGUUGGACAUUGGUCUGCCCAACGAGGUGAAGAUGUAG